AAUGUCCAUUGCACGGAAAUAUGAUUGGCACAGGGCUACAGCUGCUUGGACGGUGAGACAUGGCGGACUUUGUAGUCUCUCACAGAGGGUUUCUGAAGAGUUUUUACACUUUUCAACAUGUCGAAAGAACUUGAUUUUAGGACGACAAUGUCUUUGUAGCGUACGCAGAGCGGAGCUUAAAGAGGCAGAGACGUCUUUUUUUCGGGAAGGACGGCGCGGCGGUUGGGAAAAUGUGUUGUCAUCUCCGUGUAGUCAACAGCCUUGGGCAACAAAUAUGGCUACUUCUUGUGUAUCCUUCAAUUCGGGUUCAAAACCGUCUCGACUGGGCCGAGCGGGAUAGUUUUCCGGAGUCGCGACAGUAGUCCGAAGUGAAGUUGACUACCAGAAAAGACUCAGAAGCUGGAUUUUGUCCCGAGGCUGGUUCGGUUUAAAGCGAAGUGGAGGGGGAGCGAAACACACAGAGAACGCGAGGAGAUGGAGCCCAAGCAUAAAGAGUUGUUGGAGAAAUGUUACCAGAACUUGGUGGAGUCGAUAACAGAUGCGGACCGAGUUGUGGAUGUGCUGGCUCACUGCGGGACCCUCAGCCAGUCUGAACGCUACGAGCUGGGCCACAACUGCUCCUCCAACUCGGAAAAAGUGGACCUUCUCCUGAAGAUACUCAUAAGUAAGGACAGAGACCAUUUCGCAGAGUUUUGCCAGGCUCUGGAGAAGACACACCCUCACCUGCAGUCUGUGCUCCUGAAUGGCAUUGGACCAGUGGAUCACACGACUGGGUCCACUUACAGCGUCUUGUCCACCAUGCCGUCGGACUCAGAAAGCAGCAGCUCUCUCAGCAGCUUAGGUACGCCUACUCAAGCCUCCUCCCCUCCGCCAGCCCACAUGGACAGCCACCAGGUGAACGAGAAGAUGGAGACGGUUCUCUUCCAGCUCAGACAUGUGACCCGGGAGAGGGACGAACUGCGCAAACGUCUGGCUCUCUCUUCGCCCGGAACCACCUUCGAUGACUGCAGACCAAACUCAAAAGCAGGUCAUGACUAUGAGCGUCUGAAGUUGCAGUGCAUGAAGGCGAUGGCAGACCUGCAAUCCCUGCAGAACCAGCACAGCACCACCCUGAAGAGGUGCGAGGAGGCUGUAAAGAAAGCAGACUUCUACCAUACGCUGCACAGCCGUAUGGCGAGCGAGCACAGCCAACUGAAAGAUGAGCUGGAGGCGGUGAGACAGGACAACAUCCAGCUGGUCAGGGAGCACAACCAUGUGAAGCAGGCCUGCGAGGAGCUGAGGAGACUGCAUGAUGACGACCAGAGAGAGGUGGCUGAUAUGAGGAUGCUGCACCAGCAGGUGAUGAGAGAGGGGUCAUCUGAUGUCCUCAACAAGCUGUAUGACACAGCCGUGGACAAGUUGGAGGCCCUGAAGAGUGACUAUGAGGCUCUGAGGAAGCGCUACAACGAGAAGACGGCCAGCCACAACGCAGACCUGAGUCGUCUGGACCAAGCAGAAGAGGAGAACCACCGUCUGCAAAAACAGCUGGACAUGCUGCUGAAGCAAAGAGACGCUGCCAUUCACUAUCAGCAGCAGUACUCCUCGUCUAUUAGAAGGUUUGACUGCACGCAGCAGGAGCUUUCCAAGGCUGCGGCCCAGAACAAGGAGCUGCAGCGAGAGAUGGAGCGACUGCAGUCAGAGGCGACACGGCUCAAGACCCAGCAGCUCAAGGCAGUGAAGGACUGUGAGAAAUACAAGGAGGAACGGGACUCCGUGAUCAGUGAGUACCGUCUGAUCAUGAGUGAGCGGGACCAAGUGAUCAAAGAAGUGGACAGGCUUCAGACUGGGCUGGAGGUGGCAGAGGCCAAGCUGAAGAACACUUCCUCAGAGAGGCGGGUGGCCAACGAGGAGCUGGAGGCUCUCCGACAGGAGUUGGCAUCAGCACUGGUUGAUAGGGACCGGGCCAUCUGCGAAAAGAACGAGCUGCUGGAGAAAUACUGCCACGAGGUGAAGGAUAAGGCCGAGGCCCAGAAAGAGCUGAGCCAGGCCUGCAAGGACAUCGAGACGGUGCGCGAGGAGAGGGACGUGGCCCGCAAGGAGAGGACGGAGGCCAUCAUCCAGAGGGACCAGCUGCUGCGAGAGUAUUACCAGGCCAGACAGAAACAAGACUCUGCCACAAUGGACAUGGAACGAGCCAACAAGGAGAUCGAGAUGCUGAGGAAGCAGUACGAGGCCAUCUCUCAGGAGCUGAAGGAGGCCUUGCAGGAGGCUGAGGUGGCCAAGUGUCGACGGGACUGGGCCUUUCAGGAGAGGGACAAGAUAGUGGCAGAGAGGGAGAGCAUACGCACACUAUGCGACAACCUGAGGCGAGAGAGGGACAGAGCUGUGAGUGAUCUGGCAGAUGCUCUGAGGAAUUUGGAUGACACGAGGAAGCAGAAGAACGAUGCUGUGCGGGAACUCAAAGAACUAAAAGAAAAGAUAGAGGACCAAUUAGAAGAGGAAGCAAGAUUUCGCCAAUUAAUGGCUCACAGUUCACACGAUUCAGCCAUUGACACGGACUCGAUGGAGUGGGAGACGGAAGUUGUUGAGUUUGAGAAGCACAGAGACAUGGAUUUGAAAGCACUGGGGUUUGAUAUUGCAGAAGGGGUAAAUGAUCCUUAUUUACCUGGAGACUGUGGAAUAUUUGUCAGUAAGGUGGAUAAAGGAAGUAUUGCUGAAGGACGAUUAAGGGUGAACGAUUGGCUGUUGAAAAUAAAUGAUGUGGACCUGACCAAUAAGGAUAGGAAGCAGGUGAUCAAAGCUGUGCUGAGUGGAGAAGGGGUGAUCAAUAUGGUAGUUCGCAGAAGGAAGUCACUAGGAGGACGGAUUGUCACUCCGAUCCAGAUAAACCUGACUGGACAAAAAGAUAGUGGCAUAAGCCUCGAAAGUGGAGUGUUUAUUGCCACUUUGGCUCCAGGCAGUCCAGCUGCUAGAGAUUGUGCUCUCAAUGUUGGGGACAGACUUUUAGCUAUCAAUGGAAUUGCUCUUGAUAACAAGUCGCUCUCUGAAUGCGAGUCUCUGCUGAGGAACUGCCGCGAUUCUCUCAGCAUCUCUCUCAUGAAGUUUCUCCCACAGAGCUGUUCUGGUCAGAGUUUAUUUGAAAGUUUAAAAGACUCUGAAAAGAUGUCUCGGCUCCAGUCCUGUGAGGUCCACACAAGGAACUGCAGGAACUCGAAGCACAACUGCCCCAAGCACAACUGCUCGACACAAACAGACAUUUGCAGCUGUGACUUGGGUGGCAGAGGGGAGGAAGCGUGUAAGGAUACAGGUGACUCUUUGGACAGCAGCGGCAGUAGCGCUCAUUCCCACCACAAGCCCUUCUCCAACAGCUCCGUACACUCCCGCUCCCUCUCCACCUCACACACUCCCUCAGACCCCCACCCAGACUUCUGCUACAGGAGGCAGGAGCUCCACCAUCGGCCCUUCACCUUCACCCCUGUGCCCUCAGACUGCAGCUCGCCUCAGGCAGCUGUGGACCGAACACAGGGCUCAUCAGCCAAACCAAGUGGUGGCACAUGGCCUAAAGUGAUAGUUGGAGCUUCGAUUCCUGAGUACGCCCAGCUGUCCAUCUACAAAAAACCCAAACAGAGGAAGUCCAUCUUUGACGUGAGUGCUUUCAGGAGACCUGAGGUGCCCCCAAAACUGGAAUACAUGUCUGUUUCCCAGUUACCCAAGCACUCGCCGCAGAGUUCGAUAUCUGAAUCCGCUCAGACGCCUCCCACCCCGCCAGCCAGGAGCGACUCGUUCAGGUUCAAACACCGGCAGCAGAACAGCUCGGCGUCAGACUCCACCAUAACCACCGGCACUCCGCCGGCCUCCCCGGCUCAAGCUUCAAGCCCACAGGACGAGGGGGAGGCAGGGAAACAGCUCUAUUACACCGAUGCUCCUGCAGGAGAGACCAAGAGCACCACCAAGAAACCUGCUGAGGAGGAGGGGAGUCGACACAGGGCAGAGGAGCGGGAAAAGAGGAGGUACCGUCCAAAAUCAGCACCGGCACUGCGGAGAAAUGUGACGCCAUUGCACAUCCCUGUGCCCAUGCAGGUACAGAGUUUCUCUAAUGACGAGCACUCCCCAGAGCCAAUGGACUUGUUACGCUUUUCUCCUAUGAGAACUAAUCGGUACAGCAUGCCCUUUGCACCCCCCAGCUACAGCAGCAUUGCAGCACACCCAGCACAGCGAGGUUUAGCUCCAUGUCCUGCUGUGACGGCUGUGAUGAGAAACCGGGUCUACACCGCCUGGAGCCACGAGGUCCAGAACGGCAACUGCCCCCCAGCGCCCAGCUCAGGAGUCAAUCCACAUUCACACACAAGCCCCCAGCAUCAAGGUCGCCUCAGCCUGGACCUCAGCCACAAGCGCACUAGAGAAUCGACUGAGACGAGCAGCAGCCAGCCACCUCACAGCACCAACUCCCUGCCCUCCAGCGCCAGGCUGGGCUCCUUGAGUACUUUACAGUUUAGGGCUGAACGUAUUAAGAUCCCUCCCACUCGUUAUCCCCGCUCCACUGGAUCUGACAGAGGCUCUCUCUCACAUUCAGAGUGCAGCAGCCCGACACCUCCAAUGUCCCCUGUCAACCUGGAGACAUCGUCUUUCACCAGCAGCCAGUCACAGAGCUCCAUUUCCACCCAGCCCAGGAUAUCAGUCAGCCCUGCUCCAGUUGGUGACAGGAGGAAGGAUGGAUUUGUCUCUUAUAACACUUCCUCUGUCAGACCUCCACUGGCAGUUAAGCCCAAGUUCUUCUCUUUAAGAAGCUUGAGGCCUUACUUGGAGGAACCACGCAAUGUAACAGUACAGAAAGGAGCCGAACCACUGGGGAUCUCCAUUGUGAGUGGAGAGAAUGGCGGAGUAUUUGUGUCUAAAGUGACAGCGGGCAGCAUCGCACACCAAGCCCGUUUAGCGUACGGAGACCAGCUCCUUGAGUUUAACGGAAUCAACCUUCGCAAUGCGAACGAGCAGCAGGCACGGCUGGUCAUAGGGCAGCAAUGUGACACUGUCACCAUUCUGGCUCAGUAUAAUCCUCACAUGUUUCAGCUGGGCAACCACUCUCGUUCAGGUUCUCGGAUGGAGUCCAUCAGCAACCAACCAACACCCCAAGGCAGUGGAGCCACCACCCCGGACAAUCACUCCACCGUCGAUACCCUGAGCGAGCAGGACGAGGGCACCAUGACUCCACCGUCCAAACAAACGACUCCUGCCACCAGCCCUCACAGCUCCUUCAGGCUUCCUGGUUCAAGUUCACCCAGGGCUGCAGAGCCUCGACUGGUGAGGCUGAAGAGGAUCCAGGUGGAGCUGGGUGUUCAGAUCUGUGGGGGAAACCUGUAUGGCAUCUUUGUGGAGAGUCUGGAUGAUGACAGCCCUGCUAAGAGUCCUGAUGGCCUGCUGCCUGGAGACUUGCUACUUGAGUACAACGGUGUCAGCAUGAAGAAUAAAACUAAAGAAGAGGCUUAUUUGGAAAUGUUGAAACCAGCCGAAACAAUCACAUUCAAGGUCCAGAACUGCGUGGACAACCUUGCUGCGAUCAAAGAGUCCCCCGGAGAUGGCUUUUUUAUAAGAGCACUUUAUGAGAGAGUUGCUGAGGCAGAGCAGGAACUAAGCUUUAAGAAAGACGACAUCCUGUAUGUUGAAGAUACACUACCAAAUGGCAAUUUUGGCUACUGGAUGGCCUGGCAACUUGAUGAGAAUGCACAGAAGCUGGAGAAAGGGCAGAUUCCAAGUAAAUACAUGAUGGACCCGGAGUUCUACAGAAGACACAGCAUGGCCGAUAUGAAAGACGAUAACGGCACCAACAAGACUCUGUCUGCUGCUGCACGGAGAUCCUUCUUUCGUCGGAGGCUGAAGCACAAACGCAGCGGAUCCAAGGAUGGGAAGGAUGUGAUGGCUCUGGAUGCCAUAAGCACAGAUUCUUUACCCAUCACAGAGGAUGGAGUGAGCCUGAUGUACCAGCAGGUUCAGAAGGUGGAGUGCUUGUCUCCCAGACCGGUGCUGGUCUUGGGUCCGUUAGUGGAGGCCAGUAAGGACAUGUUGGUGAAGGAGGCUCCUGCCAAGUUCUGUCGCUGUCUGCCUGAGAUUAUGAAGGCUUCUCAGCAGGCAAUAGAGCGAGGAGUGAAGGACUGCGUGUUCAUUGACUACAAACGAAGGAGCGGCCAUUUUGAUGUGACAACUGUUGCUUCAAUAAAAGAAAUCACAGAGAAGGACUGUCACUGUUUACUUGACAUUGCCCCCCACGCCAUCGAACGUCUCCACUGCGUUCACAUCUACCCAAUCGUCAUAUUCAUUCGCUACAAAAAUGCCAAGCAGAUAAAGGAGCAGAAGGACCCUUUGUACCUGCGGGAUAAACUCUCACAGAAACAUUCCAAGGAGCAGUUUGAAGCGGCACAGAAAGUAGAGCAGGAGUACAGCCGCUUCUUCACAGGCGUUGUCCAAGGAGGCAGCGUCUCCUACAUUUGCACUCAGAUCAUGACCAUCGUGGAGCAAGAACAGAAUAAAGUACUGUGGAUUCCAGAUGGAGCGCCGUAGAAAUUUCACCUCUCACCUCACAUCACUCUGAAACAUUAGAGGAUUCCUUUUUUUAUUAUGGGACACAGUGAAUCGGUACAUCUAACAUGGUUAACUCCUUUUCCCAUAUAUACCAAUAUCAGCACUGACGAUGAUGAUCAUGUAAUAUUCCCACUACUAUAGUGAUGUACUGUACUACAGAUAGAUUUGUUUACACUAGUAUUUAAUACUUGAAUGUUUUAUUUCCCCUUAUAUCUAGUAGCACUCCUGUAAUCCCACUUUGUCCCAUGAAUAUGUCGGACCACAGGAAGUCUGCAUCGAUGCAAACUGAAGACUUUAUUCUUGAAAUGAAGAUUGAAUGGAGCACUGUGUUCCCUUCUCUAUAUUUAUACAUAUUUUCCUGCCAUUUAAUUUAUCUAAUCAAAUCAAAGAUGUUGGUUAUGAACCUUUGUUAUACAAAUGUAGUAGCCUAGUUAAUAGGAAGGAGGAUAUUUUCCAGUUAAUGUUAUUUAUAGAGGACAAAUUGGGGCAAAUUUGCUUCCUUCACAUUGUGUCGCAGUCUUCUGUUCUAUUUUAUUGUCUGAUGCCACCAUUUUUUUACUCUCUGACAUCAUUUCAGUACUCAAAAGACAAUAUUGUGCCAAGCUAAAAAUAUUUGUUAAUCACUAUACUUUCUUGGAUUUAUUAACACCACAACUUCCAUGAUAAAUCAUACUGCAGGUAUGUUCGUUUAACCACAGUUUGUCUGUUCUACUGGUAUCACCAAUACUGUUCCUCUUUGUCAAAUGGAUCUUUAAGAAGGGAUGUUUUAUUUCUGAUUCAUGGCCGGCUCUCACCACAUCUACAUGCACCUCUUGGAUUUUCAGUAGAUCACAUUGUCAACAUUUCAUCUUUAAGUUGGAUCAAAGGCUUUAGGUCAGGUUUUCUCCUAAUGAAGGUUAAUAUUUCUACAAAAUAUUAAAAACACGAGUACAGUUAAUGGGA